AUGGUUUCCCGGAGGUUUCCGCUCUGGAGUUGGUGCGGGUUUUUGCUCCUCGGCUCCGGGGCGAUCUUCCUCUUCUUCUUAGGUCUUUUGUUUCUGUGCGCCGCGGACACGUUUCCGCUGCCUGCCGAGACGAAGCGGACGGCGUGUGCGGCCUCGCUGGCCGCGGCGUUCGUCAACCUCGCCCUCCUCUGUCUUCUCGCCUUUCUGCUCUCGAAGCCCAAAGGCUGGAUCCGCGAGCGCCUGAGCGCGCACACCGCCGGCAGGUCUCUCCUCCGUUUCUUCGACGAUUUCUCUGCGCGUUUGCUGCUCCGAGGGCGAGAAGGCGGGCGCAGAAGACGCGGCGACGAGGAAGAGGAACGCGACAGGCGUGACCGGGAAGAAGAACGCGACAGCGAGCGAGGGCGACACUCCGCCUUCCACCGCGAGGCCAGCCAAUACACCUUCUCGCGCCUGAAUCGAAAGCGCGACUUCCUGCGCGACGAACUGGACACGGAAGUGGACAAAAGGCCAGAGGUCGAACCAGGCUUCGUGCGCGACGCCCAAGAGGCAGCUGAGGCAGACGCAAAGACCCAGACCAUGCUCAGGCUCUUUGGGGCUGCACAGCUCCAGCACGCGGAACUGGGCGAGGCGGGAGACGCUAAGGCCUGCACGCGAGAAGCGUGGGAAGCGGAGCGAGGUGGAGGUGAUGUUCGAAAGGGAUCUCGCGGGGCAGAGACUGGGGAGAGAGGAGAGAAAGACGAGAGAAGCGUCCGCGUUGCGUCUUUCCUUGAGGGCGCACACUCGAGCGAUAUGGAGGAUCUCGACCUGCUGGCGUGCGAAGCGCCUUCCCCGGCCGCAUCGCCGACUUCGACUGCAGCCUCAAGUGAGGUGGAACCACCCCCCAAGUCUGUCGCUGUUCUCUCUUGGGACUUUCAUUCGUCUGGAAAAGAUGCAUGCGGCAGAACGCGAGAAGACUGGAACAGCGCUACGCUCUGUUCCUCUCUCUCGCCCGUCACCACGACCUCGGCCGCAACGGCCGAACGCGAUGUAGCCGUUGCACUUCCGUCCUCUCCUCUCAAUUCUCUAAGUUCUUCUCUCCCCUGUUCUCUCUCUUGUUCUUCACUCUCCGUCUCGUUCGCGGGAAGCGCGGUGCCGGGAGGCGCGGCGUCGGCAGCGAUCGCCCGAGACGGUUUUUCUCUCGCUUUCGACGGAGAGGCUGCGGGGUCUGAGGCUGCAGCGCGACGAAGUUUGUCCAAGCGAGAAGAGCGGAGAGUUGACUGCCCCGUCGUGAUGUUGGCGUGA